AAUGUACUAGUCGUACAUCGCACCUAACACAGUGCGGCAGAGGUUAGCGCUCGAAAAAAAAUAUCCUCCAGUGUCCAGUGAAGUGUUAACAGUGUUCGGUAAAAUUCGAAUUUGGAAUACGGUUGGUGUUUUAAAAAAUGGAAACGGCACCAUGCUUCAAGAAAUUUAAUAAAUGGCGUUUAUGAGUGGCCUUUGGAACUCGAUCGUUGGGACCAACGAGAAAGAAGUCUCUUGGGACGAGGUGGCUGACUUCUAUUUAGACUUGAGGAAAUAUUUCUCAGUUUCUGAAAUUGAUAAAGAGGAAAUACCAAUUGUUUUUGGAGAAGCACACGAGAUAAGCUUUAAUAAAACCGGUUUUGGAUUGAAUUACACUCCUCUAAACUUCAUCACUAUAUAUCAUAUUGAUACUAGGAAAGCUGAAAUAAAGAUGCCGAGCGGCCACGUGGACCAGCCUGUCAUUGAGGACAACAGAGACGGCACCGUCAGCAUCAAGUAUGAGCCGAGAGAAGAGGGCAUCCAUGAGCUUUAUGUCAAGUACAACGGAGAACAUGUUCAGGGAUCUCCAUACAAGUUUACAGUGGAUUCCAUCUCUUCUGGCUAUGUGACGGCUUAUGGGUCGGGUUUGGUGAGCGGUGUCAGCGGUGAGCCCAGUCAAUUCACUAUCAGCACCAAAGGCGCCGGGGCUGGCGGGCUGUCUAUGUCUGUUGAAGGACCCAGUAAGGCUGAGAUUACAUGCCACGAUAACAAAGAUGGCACGGUUGCCGUCUCGUACUUGCCCACAGCUCCUGGAGAGUACAAGGUCUCUAUUAGAUUUGGGGACAAGCAUAUCAGAGGAUCGCCCUUCAUUGCAAAGGUUACCGGCGAAGGACGCAAGAGGAAUCAGAUCUCUGUAGGCAGCUGCAGCGAAGUUACCCUGCCUGGCAAGAUCAGUGACAAUGAUAUCCGCAGUCUUAAUGCUUCUAUCCAGGCACCAUCAGGCUUAGAAGAGCCUUGUUUCCUGAAACGAUUGCCCUCAGGAAAUAUUGGCAUUAGCUUCACUCCCCGUGAAGCCGGUCAGCACAUCGUCUCCGUAAAGAAGAUGGGUGUUCACAUACAAAACUCACCAUUCAACAUCACAGUCCAGGAACAGGAAGUUGGUGAUGCUAAAAAAGUCCAGGUAUCCGGCACAGCACUGAAAGAAGGCAAGACCCACGGUGAAAAUACCUUUACAGUCGACACCAGGAAUGCUGGUUAUGGUGGUCUCUCACUUUCCAUUGAAGGUCCAAGCAAGGCGGAAAUCCAAUGCGCCGACAGUAAAGAUGGUGUUCUAGCCAUUAGCUACAAGCCCACCGAACCUGGCUAUUACAUCAUAAACCUUAAGUUUGCCGACCACCACGUAGAGGGGUCACCAUUUACUGUCAAGGUGACCGGCGAGGGUAGCAACCGACAGAGAGAGAAGAUUCAGAGGCAACGCGAUCCAGCUCCGCUAACUGAAGUCGGCACAAAUUGCAAACUCACCUUUAAAAUGCCUGGUAUCACUUCAUUCGACCUGGCUGCCACCGUGACCAGUCCGGGGGGUGUCUCUGAAGAUGCGGAAAUUCAGGAGGUCGAAGAUGGCCUGUACUCGGUACACUUUGUGCCCAAGGAGUUGGGUGUACACACGGUCUCUGUCAAGUACAGGGAGAUUCAUAUUCCUGGCUCACCCUUCCAGUUCACGGUGGGUCCUCUCCGGGAUUCUGGGGCUCACUUGGUGAAGGCUGGUGGUACUGGUUUGGAGCGAGGAGAGGCUGGACGAUUCAAUGAGUUCAAUGUUUGGACUCGUGAGGCGGGAGCGGGACAACUUGCGAUAUCUCUGGAAGGCCCCAGCAAAGCAGAGAUCGAUUUCAAGGAUAGAAAGGAUGGGUCCUGCGACGUAUCUUACAAAGUCGAUGAACCUGGUGAAUACCGUAUCGGAUUGAAGUUCAACGAGCAACAUAUUCCUGACUCACCCUUCAAGGUGUACAUAUCCCCGGCGGUGGGAGACGCGUACCUGCUGGAGGUGGCACAGUUUCCAGACUCGGCGCAAGUGGACAAGCCAGCGCAGUUCUAUAUUAGAUUCAAUGGGGCUAAAGGAGAAUUGGAUGCUAGAAUUAUUUCCCCGUCGGGCAAGACAGACGACUGCUUCAUCCAGAACAUCGACGGAGACCAGUACUCCAUCAGGUUCAUGCCGCGGGAGAACGGUGUCCACAACAUCAAUGUUAAGUUCAAUGGAGUUCACAUCCCAGCUUCUCCAUUGAGGAUCAAGGUUGGUAAAGAUGAUGCUGAUCCUGCAGCGGUCCACGCGCACGGACCAGGAUUGGGAUCCGUUAAGACCGGUGCCAAAACGGAUCUGAUCAUUGACACGUGCAACGCUGGCGCUGGUAUCCUGGCCGUCACCAUGGAUGGCCCCUCCAGGGUGGCCAUGGACUGUACUGAAGUUGAAGAGGGCUACAAGGUGCGUUAUACUCCAUUAGCACCCGGCUUCUACUACUUGAGUAUCAAGUACAACGGUGCUCACAUUGUAUGCUCGCCGUUCAAGAUCGAGGCUACAGGUGGCAAGAUCGCUGAAGUUGGCGCUCAAGAGACGUCAUCGGUGACCGUCGAAACUGUCCAGAAGGUGUCCAAGUCUGGCCAGAAACAGGGUCCGGUGUUACCGAACUUCAAGUCUGAUGCUUCCAAAGUCACCUCUAAGGGCAUGGGGCUGAAGAAGGCUUAUCUGAACAAGCAUAACCAGUUCACAGUCCACGCUGGUGAUGCGGGCAAUAACAUUUUAUACGUCGGAAUCUAUGGCCCCAAGGGUCCUUGUGACGAGGUGCAGCUCAAACACAAGGGCAAGAACAACUAUGAAUGUUGGUACGUGGUCAGAGACAGGGGAGACUACAUUGUCAUCAUCAAAUGGGGUGAAGAACACAUCCCCGGUUCACCAUACAAGGUCGAAGUCUAAGAUACCAUCUGCAGAUGACAGCGUGUUCAAAAACAGUCUCAUAAUAUUUCAUAAAAAGCGUGGAUACCCUUGUACACUCGCGUGCCAUAAAAUUGCAUUCAUUAUUUUUAUUAUAAAUUAUUUUUAUAUAUUACAAUGGAGAUUCUUUAGAUAUUAUGAUAAUUAGAUAUGUGCGGAAUGAGUUUUCAUUAUUAAUGCGUGUAAAGUGUACUAUUAAUUUUGCAAUAAUGGACAAUUUUCUAGAGAAAGACUUUAAAAAAUAUUUAAUUUAUCGUUUCGUCAAUAAGCAUUGUGAUCAUAUUUCAUUGUGUACAUUAAAAUUGGAGAAUCUACAUGCGCUGUCAUCACUCAAUAUAUAGAUUAAUAUUUAUUUUCUUUCAAGGAUUACGAAAAGAUUUCAUUAAAAUUGACAAUAAUUGAUCUCUCGGUAUGGAAAAUGAUAGAUCUUUUUGUAAUCCUUCUCGUGUUAAAUUUUUCCCGUUCCUAUAUCUUUAUUUAUUAUCAAAUGUCAUUAUUAGGUAUCCAAUUUUCUUGCAAGUAUUUUUAUAUUCUAACAACGAAAGUAUCUUAUCAUAAAGAUAUGUAUUUUAUAUUUUUUAUAAAUCCAUUAUAUAUGAUUCAUUUUAUAUGAUUCUCGUUUAGUGUUUAGGGCGACUAAAUGACAAUACAUAUAAAAGUAUUAAUUUAAAAUAUUCCCUAUUAUUCAUAAGUAAAUUAAAAGGCGCGAUUUAUUUAGUAAUUUGUUUAAAUUGUUGUUUUUAUGUGUUCCCUUUUGUAAUUCUUCUGCCUUCUUUUUUAAUUAAAAGUCUAGUCAUAGAAGAAUAAUUUAAUUCUUAUAUCUUUUUUGUAACAUUAUGAUGUGUUGAUCCAUUUUUUUAUAGGAAUAUUAUUUCACAAGUAUUCGUCUAAUAAAUGGCGUCUUAUAAUAUUUAAUGUAAGCGUAAAACGUAUCUGCUUUCUAAUUCCUGUAUGGUUUGUGUUGUAUGAUGUACCUACGUAGGUAGAAUGACCCUAAAUAUUGUAAAUAGGUAUAUAAUUUAAGUAUUUAAUAUAAUAUAAUGUAUUGCGACUGUUAACUUAAUAAAAGAGGAAAGUUCAGAAA